GGCCGAGCGAAGUGACUGAGAUCAGAGAAGGUAGUUGCUUUUUCGGCGCGCCAUAAUCAUGGACGCUGUGAAGCUGCUCGUCUUCGUUGCAGUAUACUUUCAAGGCUGUUUUUCAACCGAAAGGAAGAAAUCCUUUAGUGCCUGUAAGGAUGCCAGUAAAGGUUCUCUGUACGAUUUCACAGUGAACGACAUCCAUGGCGUUAAACUAGAUGAGAAGUUUUACAAAAAUCAAGUCACUUUGGUUAUGAACGUGGCGACCUUCUGAGGAUUAACCAUGCAGUAUCUUCAAUUGAAUGAAUUACUUGAAAAAUAUAACAAGGAUAAGAACGAUGAUGCGAAGUGCAGCUUUAAAGUACUAGCCGUACCGUGCAAUCAGUUUGGACUUCAAGAACCAGGAGAGAAUGCGUACGAGAUUUUGAACGGGUUGAAAUAUGUUCGUCCUGGUCAUGGGUUUACGUUGAAUCACGAUAUAAAGUUGCUAGAGAAAACUGAAGUCAACGGGAAAAAUGAAAACAAAAUGUUCACAUUUCUCAAGGUAAUUAAUAAUAAUGAAAUUAACAAUAUGGUUAGUUGAACAGUAGAAUAGUGAUAAUUGCAAAAUUUUCCCGGAUUAAUGUUAAGUUUUUUUUCGAUUGGGAAAUCGGGUUUUGGAUUUUAAAAUCUAAUUUCGGGCAGUCAAGAAAAUCUAAAAUUGUAGUUCAAUCUACCGAAGAGAUUUAUAGCAAAAGAAAAAUCAAAUCCCAAAAUUCUUAUUUAAAUAUCAAAGGCGAAUUUUCCAAUAAAAGCGAGUCAGUUUCUUGCGUUCUAUAAGAGGUUCCUUCCUGGAUAUUUUUUAGAGUCAAGGAAAGACUUCUCUGAAAAUCCUAUGUAUAUUUUACGCUAUAAAGAAUAGUUUAUUUUAUUCCCUUUCAUUACUGGUUGUUUUUUGACAAUUCGCACCAGGUGGUAUUUGAACAAGACGUUACAUGUGAGCCUGAAAAAACUCGUGAAACAUUGUGCAGCUUGAAGAAAGACAGUCUUAUUUAUUAACUCUCGAGAACAAUGACAACAAUACGUUGUGGGAUUUCUUGACUGGAAUGUUGCGUCCUGAUAAUGAACUCCUUAAAUUAUUUUUGAUGAUCAGUGAACAAGAAGCAAGAAAUUGUUUUCCUAAACAAUUGUUCAGUUGGGUGAUAGAGACUGACUGAAAUAGUUAAAAGAGUUCCUAGGUUUGGAUUGACGUUAAAAUUUUUAUAUUUACUCGUGGGAACUCAGCAACUGGUCUUGUCUAGUGUUUCGAAAAUUGAAUCUUUUGAAUUACUCGGUAAAACAGUAGCACACGACGCAGUUCUUGUAAUUUAACAACAGUGCAAGAGUCUACCACAAUUCCAGAUAACGUACAAGCAAAACGGCCAUAGAAAUUCAAAGGGAAAAAAGACAGGAUGUUAAAAUAAGGAUUAGAUUAUAAUCAAGUAUUAUGUUGCCAUUAUUAGCAAUGAUUCUAGUAACAUAGCUCUCGAUAGCUCCUGAAUGAUAAAUGUGUGCCUACAUGCUUCGCUAGAAGUGUAACUAUUCCCUUCUAUACCCGGGAGAAAUUUCAUUCUUCGUAGAGCAAAUUGGCACUCAUAGUCCCCGUGGUAGGCAAGUUUUUCACGCUGAAGGUUUACGAUAAUUCAAACAGGUGUCACCUGAAACAAAAGUCAUGUAGGACGUAAUGUAGGAGGGGUACAGUAGACAAUUUUUUAAUACAAAUGUGGUUCAUUCAUUCCCCGUGCGCCAUCUAUCCCACUCUACCCACGUGCUGCUGCAUUUGAGACCUACUCUCACUCUCAUUGUUCCCAGGCCUUUCCUUUCAUUGCUUCUCUCCAACGGAGGCAAAAGGGAGAGAGACCCUGGGAACGUAGUGCUGCAGUUCUUUAAAAAACCUGACAAUGAAGUUGUAGUAACCGUACCGUUGCUUGAUUUCCUUUUGACAGAACCGAUGUCCAGCGCCUGACAACUUUAUUGAUGAUCUCGAUAAGAUCAAAUGGUCGCCAGUCAGAAACGACGAUAUAACAUGGAACUUCGAGAAAUUUCUUGUGAACCACAAUGGCCAGCCAUAUCGUCGCUACUCGCCAGUGGUAGAACCCAAAGAAAUCACUGAAGACAUCGAAAAAUUGAUAAAACAAUGCAAACAAGAUUCUUCCUAAGAAAGCUUUUGGGAAUGGGAUAAAGUCAGCCUCCUCUUGAUGUGCCUUGCAUGGCUCUUUUCUUGAAAU